AUGACGCUGUCACUGUCACUGUCACUUCAUGAUAGUCUGGCGUUAGGUGAAGUCGAGCUUGGCCUGUCACAAUCACAGAAUGAUGACAUUGACAACGAUGCUAGAAGAAAACAAGAAAUUCAACGCCUACCGCUGUUUUUGCGAAUCCUCUCCUUGGCACGUCCUUUGACCGCCGUGCCUACGUUUGAGGAUAAUGAAACCAACGGAAUUGAUGACGAAUUGGUUCAUCGAACAGUAGAACGCCUUGAAGAUGUCGCCGCGACGUACUCCAUGGCUGAAGAAGUUGACGUUGUUACUUCUUACUUGGCACCCAACAUGUCUCGUAAGAUUGGCCAAUUGCCACCACUACGAAAGACAAAGGAAGGAGAGUGGGAUACCAAAGAUUUGGCUGCAGUCGCUAAGAAUCCUCGUAGUAGCUCGAAACGAAAGAGAACCUUGUCAGAAGGGAUACCUGAUGGAGAUGAGGAUGAUGCUAUUCGUGACUCCUCCGCGGAUGAUGAGGAUGCGGAUGCUAGUGGCGAGGAAGGCGAUGCCGCAGGUGCAGACGGCAAGAAAAGGAAAGGGCCCAAGAUAAGAAAGACAAUUCUGGAUCGUCGAGAGUCUGAAAUUGCGGCAGCGGAAGACUCUCAGGAAGCAACCUUUGUCAAAACACUCUCCGAACUGGCGUCCCUGGUUGUUGCGGCUUUGGCUCCCUUGGAGGAAUCAUCCAAUGGUGGCGAUGCCGGUGGUGGUGGCACUGCGGAAGGAACUGAGACUGAAGGCCGCUCCAAAGGAAGGCUUUCCCUGACUGUAGAUGACUCGAUUCUGAAUGAGUCGACUGCGGGAUCAGGAGGGGCCAUGGAAGGAAGUGAUCUGGGAGCAACGGUAGCAGCAAUCAUGUGUAAUGCCAGCGUCUUGCAAUCCAGACAUGUUGCGUAUGCUUUGUGCCGAGCUGCUACUCCCCAAGCUGCCUACUUGAUGACACGAAUUGGAGCAAAUUGUCCAGCUUCCGUUCCAUCACUGCUUCUUGGAUGUCUGGAUGCGUAUUCUUUGGCAGUAGCAGAGAAAGGUAGCCAUAUUCCCAUUGUCAAAGCUGCGAAGCAGGGUGUGAAAGCUUUGGCUCAAUUGUCCGCCAGCGAAAGGGCGCGUGUCCUGAACAAGCUUCAGUCGACAAAUACAAUGUUGGAUCUUCAACUGAAACUUGCAAUGGAGCUGCCAGAUUCGACCACUGCAUGCUGCUUUUUGUUGCGGCGUCUACCCAAGGAGCUGAUGACUGCAACAUCCGAAUCUCAAACUGGAGUUGGUGGUAGAAACCGAAAGCAACCGAACCAAACUCCAGGCGAUAGGUCUUCUUCUUCUGACCAUCGAAUGGACCAUGCUGCCUUUGGUAGUGAAAAGAGUGAAAACUUGGUUCAAGCGCUUCUGAUUGAUGGCCAGAAUACCUACCGUGAAGUUUUGUCAUUCUUGUCGAAAGAGCUGUCGAGCCUAGCAAGCAUGCAACCGAAAGAUAUUGCUAUUGGCAAGCUUUCUCUCAUGUUGAAAGCAUGCUGUUGGACGCUCUUGGUACCUCUGAAAGUGCCAAGUGCCAAACUUCAUGAUACGAUUAGCCUAUUGGGGAAUAAGUUGUUGCCAGGCAUCCGGCAGCUGAGCACCAAGCUUUGCGAUUACUGUGUCUCGCGCAGGUGCAAUGAAAGCGACGACCUACCGAAAAGUUCUUCUUUUGACGGCGUUAUGAAAGUGUUAGUUUCCACGACAAUCCUGACCAUGGACCGCGUGCUUUCACUUAUUGCAGAAGAAUCAAGCCAAUAUUCCUCUCACCAGAGCACCAUUGAAUCACUUAUUAAAGUGAUCAAUGAGUUGAAGGGAGAUUCGGGAGUUUCAGAGACGGCGCAGGCAUUCGCAACAAAAGUGCAGCAUGCAAUUUCAGAUGGUAGCGUGUCUGUACUCUUGGCGCUACUGAUGUCUGAUUGGGUUGGCGGUGUUCCACUCAGGCACGGGCAGCUUGAUCGUGUGUUACCAUCUUUGGAUCAUGGCAUGAAAGAACUCGCAGAUCUCUGGAACAAAACAUCGGGCGACGGGUCCGAGUCAACACUUGACUUGGAUUCACGAGCGGCGCUGCUCUUGUUGGAGCUCAAUGAUGAGAAAAGCGCUAGUUCCGUUUCCACCGACAAGCGCUCAGAAAUCGAGGAUGUUCUGAAGUCCAUUUUGUGUUCUACGAACAAUUCGCAUGCAUUUAUCCAGAGGGCUGCUGUGUUGCAAUUUGUCGUCCAAGCCACGAAAUUUCUUUGCGCUGGGAGGGAAAUGGUAGUUCCAUUGAUAAUGGUACCGCAACUCGAACUGCUUGGGACACGACUAAAGGUUGAAACCACCGAAGACAAGCUGGAUGAUAUCCAAAGUAGAUUUCUACUACAGCUUCUGCAUGCCAUGGAGUUUUUGGAGCAGAAUCCAGACUCUCCAUUUUCCAUCGACCCACGGACUCUUCCUGUGAAAGAAGCCAUACUGUUGGCAGAAUUUCUGGAAAAGCGCAGUAAUGGAUUUCUGCUUGAACAGAUCGUAAGUUACGUUACAAAGCAAUGUCCCGAAGUGCUGGAGCUAUCAUAUCCCGUUUGGACACAAAAGCGACAACACAGCAUGAGAAAAUCCCAUAGUGCUUUGCUGCCAAGAUCAGACAUGAUGAAUUUACUUCGUAGAACAAUUGAAUCGUAUCUUGUGAAGUCACCAACGGAAUGCAAUAAGGACAAGGGCGGCUCUGAAUUGGAGCGAAUAUUCUUGGAUACGAGAUUGCAAACAUCUGAUUCCGACUUGGCCUGCACCGUUGUGAGUGCCAUGCUCUCAUCUCCUCACCAGCCUCCACUUUCCUUGACAUACCCAAAAUUGUGUCGAGAUCCGUUGAUUUUAUUGAAGUGUCCUUUCAAGGUAUGGAGCUGCACUGGGCUUCGAAGAACCGGGCUAUCCAUAUUAUGUUUGCUGUUGGAAUCCAAUGAGGCCAUAGUCUGGAGUGAUGCUCCAACAGAGGAAUCAGCUGAAGAAUACCUUGCUGCUAGGGACGCGCUUGUGGUUCGGUGCUUAGUCACGGCCAUGAGUGGUUCAGAAAAUGACGUUUCGCCUCUUCCUCACUGUUCCAUGACGACAAGUAUAAUCAGACUGCUGACGCGAAGACGCAAAGGAAUCGUUGCGUUGCUGGUGAAGCAGGGAUUACCGGAAGAAUCACUUGAUUGGAUGGUCGAAUUUGUGCCUGAAGUGAUGAAUGACUCACAGGAUAUGCUGCAAAUGCUUUCGGAUCAAAGGUCACUUACACCUGCAGAGCGUCUUGUGGCUGCCGACGCUGUGCUGAAAAUUGCUAUAGUCCAAGGCCAAAGCAACGAAGUCGACGCUGCAAACAUGGCUUACAUUGCUCUGACGCAACUCUGCGACGCGCUGUUCCUUGUUGCCGGGCCAAUUGGGGUUCCAGUGAAUGCGGUGCUGGAAGAUAAUUCAGGACUGGAUGUCACCCACAGAUCUCGCAAGGCCGCUUUUCGGAUGCUUCAAACAUUGCUAACAGUUCGUGGAAGGAGGACAAAUCUACGAAAGGAAUGCGAGUUGGCUCUGAAUAAGUUGGCAGGCUUGUGCAAGAAUGAAAGUGCUGUCAGUGGAGUCUCGGGUACAGUUGCUGGAAGGCGGAAUGCUUUACUGAAAGAAAUAUUUGAUGCUGCUACGAAGGCAACGAAUGCUAUGGGCUCAUGCGUGGGACAUCAAUCAGUGGCAGCUUAG